AUUUCAGAAUAUUAAGAUGGGGAAAACAUAUGGAGAGAAACCAAUUGUUUUCCGUUUUGAAGAAAACGGCGAAGAAUACAUGAUCGGCUCAGAGGUUGGAAACUAUCUUCGUUUAUUUCGAGGAGCGCUUUACAAGAAGUAUCCGGGGUUAACUAGGCGAACCCUGGCUAAUGACGAGAGGAAGAAGUUAAAUGAAAUGGGGCACAGCCAGCAUGUGACAAGCUCCACCAUCUCCCUCCUCCUUGCCAGGGAGAUCGAUGAUAUAGUCAACGGUGUAGACGACGGAUAUAAGAGCGGAGGAGUAGGUGGUGGCUCAGUGAGCCUGGGAGAAACGCCAGCAAAGGUUAUCCCAGCUAAGAUUAAUAAACCUACCCCUGCUGUUCCUGCCAUGGCAAGCUCAUCACACCUGGAUGCAGUUCCACAAGCCACUCCUAUUAAUAGGAACCGUGUAAUCCAUAAGAAGAUCAGAACCUUCCCUCUCUGCUUCGAUGAUACCGAUCCUGCAACAGUGCAUGAGAACGCAGCACAGCCAGAGAUACUAGUUCCUAUCAGUUUGAUUUUCCUAUGUCAGGUUAUGUGCGAUGAUCUGGAUCUGAACCCGGUCAACUUUGUACCUGCCAUCACUGCAGCCAUCAACCAGCAGUUGGAGAGCUUUCCUAGUGAGACAGAGAACCUACUCCGGGAGCAACGGGAUCAGAGAGUUGUUGUCAAGCUCAAUAUACAUAUUGGAAACCAUAGUCUCGUAGACCAGUUUGAGUGGGAUAUUGCAGAGGAAAAUAAUUCUCCAGAGGAGUACUCGCGGAAGCUGUGCUCUGAGCUGGGACUAGGAGGGGAGUUUGUAACUGCUGUUCUCUACUCUAUUCGGGGGCAGCUGGCCUGGCAUUCUAAGAACUACGUGUUCUCGGAGAACCAGAUGCCGUCUAUCGAGUCCGCUUUCAGGAACCAAAGUGAUUGUGGAAUAUGGAGUCCUUUCUUGGAGACUCUGACUGACGCUGAGAUGGAGAAGAAAAUGCGCGACCAGGACAGAAAUACGCGAAGAAUGCGUAGGCUGGCUGCCACCACUCCACUCUACUAGAACGGCGGGAAAACCUUCAACAAAAUCAAUCCCCAAAAAUAUUUUUUUAAUGUUUGUCGUUAUUAUUCUUUGUAUAUAAUUGAUCGUCACUAGAGUUCAAAUCAAUUU